UCGUUGUAUUUCUUUAAUAUUUUUACACGGUGACUUCAGUGUACGAGAGUUGUGACUUUAAAAUGUUUAGAAUGAAACAUUUUCUGAUUAUUUGUCAAGUUUUUUGUGCAUUGACAAUAGCUCAAGUGUGUUACGAUGACGGAAGUGAAUUUUGUCUCGAUGAAAAUGAUAUUUUAUCAGUCGAUUUAUUACCCGGUUCUUUUAUUCUCGGACAGCCUAAUGAUAUUAGUGAAAAAAGGAAAAUACUCGACAAUUUGACUGUUGACGGAUCGUUUAAUACUGCAUUUGGAGAAAUGGGCUAUCACAGAUUAAGAAUGAAUGAAUAUCUCUGUCACGGAUAUAUAGCGGAAGAAAUAUUUAAUCAAGUGGGACCAACACGAAUUAAACGUCGCUUACAAGUGCCACAGGAAAAUAUUAUGUCAGAUUUUAUACAUGAAAAUAAUGUGACAAUUCAUGAUAAAUUAUUAUCCGACGAAGGUAGUUCAAGAUAUAAAGAUUGGCUUCAACGAACAACAACAUUAAAUGACGUCUAUCAGCACUACUCUCCGCAAAGAAGAAUGAAAGUUAAAAAUACCGGUCGACCUGAAGAUGAUUUUCAAGAUUAUGACGGAGAAGUUACUAGCUAUGGAUUACCAAUGCCCAUUCCUUCCGAGAAGAGCAAAAAUAAUUAUCCUGGUCCACUGAUGCCAUCUUCAUCUGCACAUCACAUAAAUUAUGGUCCACCACAAGUACACUAUGCUCCACCAAGUUAUGGAGCAUCAUCUCAUGGUGUAUCAGGACACGGUUUCUCGCCCUCAAUUCACGAGGAGCAUUAUUAUUAUCCCACAAAUCAUCACGAAGAAAGUCACGUCCAUCAUCACAGUAAAAAAGGCAGUGAACUUUCAAUAAAGGAUUUUUUCGAAAUUGCACUCACUGCUCUUGCAUUUUUGGCAUUUGGCUUGUUCAUUAUUCAACUGCUGAUGAGUAUCGCGAAUGCAGUCACUUCAACGCCAUCAACGACUGCGAAUAUUUUUGCCGAUUUACCAUUGGGCAAUUCACGUGCAAGGAGAGAAGUAUUUAAUUCAUUACCUCUCUCCUAUUCUGGAAAUUCGGAAUUAAAUGAAUUGUCACAUCGAGUAUUGCGUUCAAUUGAAGCGGCACUAGUUGCUCAAAGUGAUCAUGGCAAUUGUCUUCGAAGAGUUCUUUGCGAGGACAAUAGACACGCCAAAAAUACCGAAGGUGGACAAAGAAUUUGGAUUCCUGUUUGGAGUCUAGGAAUGAGUUGGGUUUCUGGUAGAAUUCUGAGUAAAUCACCGUGGUCGGCAAUGCUGAAUUCUGUAAAAGCUUCAGUUCUCGGCAUUGGUAAUGCCGACUGUACUUCACUUUAUCCAGCAUGCAAUCUCGAAAGAGAAAGAAUAAAAAGACGAAGAAGACGAAGAAAAUAAUUACAAAAAAAAAAUGUUAUUCUAGUUCACAACAUUUAUAUGACCAAGAUUUAAAAGAAAAAAUUAUUAUUUAAGUGAAAAACAACCAAAUUGUUGUUCAAUAAAUUUCGAAGCAAAAAUUUUUUUUUUCUACAUUUUAGAGAAAGUAAAAAUUACUAUAUUUAGACGAAAAAGAAUAAAAUAAACAAAAUUUUGAG